AUUAACUACCUUACCUUCACCACUUCUGCCACACUCAACAACACCGCGUUUGGCUCACACUAACACAACUGUUCCUUUCUUCCUUUCCUCAACUUGUUUCCUACUUAACGCGUUUACGUGAGCCAAUCGCUGAUCUCGCGCUUUCUAUAAAGCGCGAGUCACAACCACUGGAACUCACCGAACUGAACUCGUAAGUUUAUUAUUCUUCUCUCGGCGUCGCCAUGGACGAAGAAGAGGUGCGCAAGAUCUUCAGCAAGUUCGACAAGAACGGCGACGGCAAGAUCUCGUGCGCGGAGCUGAAGGAGAUGAUGGCGGCGCUGGGAUCCAAAACGACGUCGGACGAGGUGAAGCGCAUGAUGGCGGAGCUGGACCGGAACGGCGACGGCUACAUUGACUUGAAGGAGUUCGGCGAGUUCCACUGCGGCGGCGGUGGCGACGGGAGGGAGCUCCGGGAGGCGUUCGAGCUGUACGAUCUGGACAAGAACGGGCUGAUCUCGGCGAAGGAGCUGCACUCCGUGAUGCGGAGGUUGGGGGAGAAGUGCUCCCUCAGCGACUGCCGGAGGAUGAUCGGAAACGUCGAUGCCGACGGCGACGGCAACGUCAAUUUCGAAGAGUUCAAGAAGAUGAUGAGUCGCUCGUAGGUGAUGGUAGUAGUAGCACUGCCUUUCAGUAACUAAGUGACUCAUUUAUUUAAGUGAAAUGAAUGACACCACAUUUUAGGAUAAUUCUGUAAAAACAAAUGUUGCAAUUUCAUUUUAUUUAUAUGUAUGGGUGUGUUGAAUGUACUCCUCAAGUUUAAAUUAAGACGUAGAAUUAAGGUGAGUA